CUGAGAUCGGCUUGGCUUCCGUGCCAUGGCGGAGACGCGGGGCCGGGACUGGGACCCGGGUCCCAAGCCGUCGGUGCUGUUCCUGCACCCGGACCUGGGCGUGGGCGGCGCCGAGCGGCUGGUGCUGGAUGCGGCGCUGGCGUUGCAGGCGCGCGGAUGUCGCGUGAAGAUCUGGACGGCGCAUUACGACCCGAGCCACUGCUUCGCUGAGAGCCGCGAGCUGCCGGUGCGCUGCGCUGGGGACUGGCUGCCGCGCAGCCUGGGCUGGGGCGGCCGCGGCGCCGCCGUCUGCGCCUACGUGCGCAUGAUCUUCCUGGCGCUCUACGUGCUGUUCCUCGCCGACGAGGAGUUCGACGUGGUGGUGUGUGACCAGGUGUCCGCCUGCAUCCCAGUGUUCAAGCUGGCCAGACGGCGCAAGAAGGUCCUGUUCUACUGUCACUUCCCGGACCUGCUGCUCACCAGCAGAGACUCCCUCCUGAAGCGGCUCUAUAGGGCCCCCAUCGACUGGCUGGAGGAGUACACCACCGGCCUGGCCGACUGCGUCUUGGUCAACAGCCAGUUCACGGCCGCCAUUUUCAAGGAAACCUUCAAGUCCCUGUCUCACAUAGACCCCGAUGUCCUCUACCCGUCGUUGAAUGUCACUGCCUUUGACUCGGCUGUCCCCGACAAGCUCGACGACCUCGUUCCCAAGGGGAAAAAGUUCCUGUUCCUCUCCAUCAACAGAUUCGAGAGGAAGAAGAACCUGACGCUGGCGCUGGAAGCCCUGGUGCAGCUGCGGGGCAGGCUGGCGUCGCAGGACUGGGAGAGGGUACACCUGAUCGUGGCAGGCGGUUACGACGAGCGAGUCGUGGAGAACGUGGAGCACUACCGGGAGCUGCAGAACCUGGUGCAGCGGGCCGACCUCGGCCAGGCCGUGACCUUCCUGCGGUCUUUCUCAGACAGACAGAAGAUCGCCCUCCUCCACGGCUGCACGUGUGUGUUGUACACGCCGAGCAACGAGCACUUCGGCAUCGUGCCCCUGGAGGCCAUGUACAUGCAGUGCCCCGUCAUCGCCGUGAACUCGGGCGGCCCCCUGGAGUCCGUGGUGCACAGCGUCACGGGCUUUCUGUGUGAGCCUGACCCAGUGCACUUCUCAGAAGCGAUAGAAAAGUUCAUCCAUGAACCUUCCUUGAAGGCCACGAUGGGCCAAGCCGGCAGGGCCAGGGUGAAGGAGAAGUUCUCCGCGGAGGCGUUCACAGAACGCCUGUACCAGUACGUCACCAAGCUGCUGGUGUAGCCGCGGUUCUUAAAGACCCGGAUGCACGGUCACCAACAGCAUCUUGUGGGUUGUACGUCUAGUUCUGAGACCAGAACACGAAACCGAGAGUCCAGUACACAAGAGAUUGUUUGUUUUUUUAGAAAUAAACUUGUGUCUUGAAAAUGAGCCACAUUCUUACAGAUCACACUUCCCUGUCUCCUUUCCCAGACAUCCGGCGUCUUUCAUGCUGUCGUCAUUCCGAGUCUUAGCAGCGUUAAGUGAAACGAUGGUACAGUUCCACUCUCAGCAGGAGACUGUCCCCAGAGUGCAGCUGCCUAUAGAUUUGCAUCUUGCUGUGCCUUAGUUGGUGUUGGUAGCUGAAGUGUGGCAUUAGCAAAGUUGAUCCAGUUGACUUCUUAGCACAAUGAGGACAGCCUUCCCAGCCUCAGUCCACUGUCAUCAGUGAGGAGGUUUUUUUUGUUAAUGCUACCUUUACCCAGAUGCAUAGCAAGGGUGCCCUGGUUUUUUUUAUAGACAUGAUUUACUGUAUUUUUGCACAAUGAGACAUGACAAUAAAAGAUGUUUAAUAUAGACAGUGACAAUAAAAUA